AUGAGGGUGAUACAAGAAGGUUCUAAGGAAGAUAAAGCAAAGCAAUGGAAGACGUUGCUUACAAGUGUUCAAUUACCAUCAAAUGGAGGUCAAAAGGAGCUACAAAAGGCACUUGAAAGGCUUCAAGAAGAAGAAGAGAAGGAUGCAGCAGCAUUGCAAGAUGAAAACAAACGCAAUCUAGAGCAUUUGAGACAGGAAUUCUUUGCCAUGAGACGAGCUUUUUUUCAAGUUCGGAUUGAGCUUUUUCAUGUGGCUCAAAACUUGCAACAUGUUCAUGUGCAGAUUGCUCAAGAAAUUGUCAACAAGUUGCUACAAGAAGGACUGGAGAAGGUUUUAGUUGAUGAACUCUAUGGACGUCAAUUUUAUCAUGCACCGGUAUUUGAUCGUGUUGGAAAAGAAGAGCAAAAGGCACGGAUGGAGUGGGAGAUUCAAUUUCUACAGGAAGAAAUGUUGUUAAGGGAUUUAUUCUUAUUGACUCUUGUCGUCUCGAAACAAAAGACAAGGUUGGAUUGUGCGAUGAAGAUUACGACGACGGUCUACAAUUGGGAAGCUCGAGUCAUGCAAGAGGUUCUCACGACUAGGACGUUGGCACUACCUGCAACACAGCAAUGGGCAAGAAAAUUAACGCAGGUAGGAGUGCUCAUAGCAAUCCGGUUACUGCAUACAACUGGUACCGUACAAGAAUAUGAAACUUUGCAACGAAUGACUACAGACUUUUUCUUGACGGAAUUGGGUGACGAAUCAAUAGCGUCGUCUGUAUCGGGUGUGCUAUUGUUGGCUUGGGCUGCAUUAUUGGGCCGACAGUUUCGUAAUAUUGUAGAAUGUGAUCGAGAGAGUGAAAAAGCGAAGGGGCUACAGGAAAUGUUGGAGACAACGUUAGCAGCAACAGAGCGUUUUCGCAGCUUUUACUAUUUCAACGCGCUCAUGCGCUCGUUAAUCUUUUGCAUUGAGCACGUCGACUCUGACGAAAUGGAACGCAAACCAUAUUUGAUGCCAAUGAGCUUUUAUGGGACAUUGCUGUGGACAUUACCCAAUGUAGCAGCCUCUGGGGGGCUAUGUGGCGCAAACACAAUUCAAUCGCAGCAGCCAAUCAGCUUUGGCAGUGCCUUUGCUUACCAAAACGUGGUCGCAGAUUUUUUAAACGAUAUGCUGUCGUCGCUAGGUUACAUGGACAGCAUCGAUGGGGUACAGCAGCUGUUUGGCAUGGUGAAAUUUGUGCUACCCGCUCUUUCAAGUGCUCGUGUGGCCAAGCAGACUCUUGGAAUUGACUUGGACGAUGGCAACGUGAUGGAUGCUAUAGCUGGCGGAGAAACGACUGCGCUUUGUGAGCUACUGACGAAAGCUCGGGCAUAUUUGCCGCAUAGCUUGCUGCCUUGCAUUCAGAUGAUGACGGCGCUAUGCUAUAAUAAUCAAAACUACUCGUCACCAACUGUGAUUCGGCAGGUCCUCAAGUAUUUCAGCACGCCGCGUGCAGGAUUAGAGGAUGACACGAUUACCAGCGGUGUUUAUUGGCCGUUGCCACCGACUGAGUAUUUCACUGAGCUUGACGACGAGCCUGGUCGACUGAAGUGCACUCGUACCUUUGCUUACGACGGUGCAGAUGGGCAGUUAGUGGUGCCAGCGGGAACAGUCGGUACGAUUAUGUAUUCUAGCGACGUUAUUCAGGUUAAAUGGCUCGUUUUGGACGGUGGCAAUGGCAAGAAUGCGUUUUCGCUGUGGGAUAUGCUUCUAGUUAGCGCAGACAGCUUUGUAGCAGGUCUUCAGUCCGGUUCUUUUGUAGAUUUGUAUCGUACGAACUCCGAAGACCUGCAUGUUCUCACGUCAUUUUUUGAAUUCAUCGUACAGCUAGGUCGGCACCAGGAUGGUGGAAAGUGCAUGGUGGAGGAGAUGGAAUGCCGUUGGGGUGAGGCGAGACUGCGUCGUUGGUGGAUUGAUCAUCAACUUCCGUCACCAGAAAUAUACGUAUCUCUUCUGUUCCGGCAACAGAUUGCCCUUCCUACUCUGCUUUCGGCAUCGAGAGAGAACUUGGUAUCCUGGGGAAUUAAAGAUCGCUACACACGAGAACAAAUUUUGGUGCUGAUUGGAGGCACGGGGAGUCUCGAUUUUGAAGGUGCUAAGAUCGGACUCACGUAUGGUGACACUACGAGUAAGAUGACUUUGUUUGGUGUGGAUGGAGGCACUCAUUUGUUGCGGCUACUACUGAAGGUACUAGAAUGGUUUUUGCAUCGAUUCUCAUGGAAUACUGACGAUAAUACCACGGAAAGUGAAAAUGCUGGGCUUGCAGAGCAUUUGCAUCUUUUUGCAGCAUCUUUUGUUGCCCUUCGGACGGUUUUAGCCACCACAAGUGGGGUAAAGCUGCUAAUAAAUUCUUCACUAUGUGGCAGGCAAGAAGAGUGCAUAAACUUGAUCGUCAAAAGUGCUAAAAAACUUUUUGAGUUGCAGGAGCGGUUGGUAGGAGAGUACCCAGUCGUAUUGGCAACACACGAUAUUUUCAUGAGUGUGGUACGGUGGUUUCUUUCAAUGGAAGCACAAUCGCUUGCGAGCCAAGCUUCAGGCAAAGAUAAGUUUUAUUCUCAUGAAUUUGUGGCAAGUGAAAGACUCUGGUUUGUCAGCGCAGCGGAAUUUGCGAUCGAAGUAUUGUCGACCCAUGAAGGUUGGAAAUUCUUGAGUAUUACCAACCGGUGUGAAAUUACGGAGCGAUGCUUCCGCUUGCUCUACGUACUGGUGCUUCCCCGUAAAUGCGUUAAUGAGCGCAAUGAUAUGUUAAUUUCGUUGGAGUCUGCUCUGCGUGAGACGCUGUCCACCGACAUGUCAAUGUUAAUGAAGCUGUUACGGUCAUCAUGUGCUGUGUUGUCAUCCAAGGAAGAUGACAUGGGUCACUGGAACAUAGUUAUGUCUUCUGACUUCGAUGAAGAAAGUGGCGUGUUAAGCUCCGACAAAAACUAUAAUGACUGCUUUCCGUUAAAGUACAAAAGCGCAUUUGACAAUGCUGGGGCUAGCAUGAUGCAGCUUGAAUCUCUGGUGACGACAUGUUUACGAUUUGUGGCAUUGCUCAUCACAAACCAAAGUAAUGCGGUGGACGUACCAAUUGCACGAAAGAUUCUGCUGGCUUCAAUUGAUGGACGUAGUUCGAAGAAGCGUAAGCUGCUAACAAUUGUCACACUUUGCGGGGGCUAUCUUGGUUAUUUGCAGGAACAGGCGCCUGGAAUUGCGUAUUGGUCCUUGCAAAUUUUACAGCAUGCUGCUGUCGCGCUAGAUUACCGUGAGGAACGGGAGAGUCGCAAUCUCUCAUCAAUGCAUUCUCUAAUUGCCCUUUUCCAUGGAUAUCAGGACCUUGGUAUUGUCCGUGGAGUAUUUGCGCAACUGCUACAAGUAUCGUCGACGCAACAGUCGGCGUUGCGAAAAGCUGUUAUCGAAAUGCUAACCUUGUGUCUGGAGCAUCAGCCGGGCUUUUUGGCGUUGCUACUCUUCGGUGACAAAAACACAAGAAGCUCCAAUUCAGAAAACACUACGAAAGAAAAGGUGCAGGAUGACUUCUUUCCUUUCGUGACAUUACUGGAACGAUUUUUUGAGGCUUCAGAAAGGCUUCUGGAGCAAGCUUCGGACCUCUUCUGUGCCUUACUGACCUUCCUUGUGCACGUGUGGAAAGGUGCCAUUCAAAAUCGUCUUGAUAUUCAUCAAAAGGUUUUGACAGCCUUGUGCGCGCGUCCCGCAUUCUGGUUCAAUGUAACACGAGCACUCAAAAUCCAUAUGCCGUUAGAGUCGGCAGAUGAACGUGGACUUCUGGACAUGGAACUUGCUGCUGCUACUGCUCAAGGAAUGAGGGAUGCACAGAGUAUGUCUAGUUCGUUAGAGGCGUACGUUGGGCGGUCUAGUGCGUACGGAUAUAUGGCUCGCAGCCUGAUUCUCCAGUUGGUGUCGUACGAGUGGCACAGUCACGCUUCAACAAAAGACGAUCACCCGCUAUUGGAUGUGUUGGAAUCUUUCAGAAAGGAGGGGCUGUUUUCGCAUUGGUUGCGCACCUUUACUCGCUUGGACUAUUCUCCGGCGCAGUUUGAGCUGUACGCGUCGUCUAUCUGGCGUGCUUGCAAUUCAGACAUGCUCACAACGAGCCUGUUCAGUGAUAUUCCGGCUAGUGGUAUUUCAAUGUACGUCGAAGGCCUUAUUUGUAAUACCAGCACACUUAGAUGGCAACUCAGCGCGGGUGGUGAUUUUAAGCUGGAAGCUUCUGCAACGGAUGUGCGCGUGCUGAAAAUGAUUCAGUGGAGUAAUUUGCAAGCCGCUUUUCUUCACGCGCAACUGUUUUCCUUGUCCAAGUGGAAAGUAUUCAUGGAGCUGUGUUGCCUGCAGGCAGGCGGAGCUGCUGACAGUACACCUAUUGCUGAGAAAUCGAGCGAAGCAACGACAUCGAGGCGGCUAAAAAGAAAAGAGUCGAUGAUCUCGUCGCCUCCUCGUAACAGCAGCACCAGUAGGACGCCCACUACGGGUAUUAAUUCCAGAGUGUACUUGGUUGCGUCAGGAUCUUCUACAUCCAGCUCUGAAAGUGCGCUGUUAUCACGUUUUUUUGGUGAUCGAACAUCAUUUGAAAUGGUUCGGGUACUUGCAGACGUUAUUAAGAUUAGACUGCACGAAGCUCAGGAUGAAGCUCUUGACUACUUCGUGCUGUUAUAUCUCCACGACCUAGUACAGCUUUUGGUUUCGAUGUUGCACCAUCAGUUGUGUCUAGUUGUACAAAAGGCACGUGACCCCAAGUUAUCCCAGACUCGGCAACGUCUUGAAGUGCCUAGCGCAGAACGCAACCUAAAGCUUAAUGUUGGGGCCACACUUGAGUUGUUAGCUGUUGUCGAGAAGACUAUCAGUGCAGUGCGCGACUCGAUGGAGCAAAGUGUGCGUGAGGUGGAUCUCGUGGGACUUGGCGCCAAUACCCAGCUCAUGUCUGGUUCUUCUGUUGAACUUACAUCAGUCUCAUUGAUAUCUCGCAUGGUGAUGGACUACGAGCGAGGGGCGAAAUCAGUUACAGACGAAUUGCUCACAUCGCUUCUUACAGCAGCAUUACUGCUGGUGCGUCACUUGGUUAAGAUAAGCAGCCAUCCGAAUAUCGCAAAUCGAACUAUUGAGCUGGAAAGUACUUUGCCACCUAAGUCGAUAUUGCAGAUGAAGUUAAUUGGGCACUGCAUGAACAUCAUAGAUUUGUGCGAUGGUCGGUCGCAGCAUAUGAAGUCUUCUGAAGCUCUGUUUCAACUAAGCUGGUGUCUCUUCCAAGAAGCACUCGUCGGCUGUAGCAGCGUUUCAAACGUACCAAAGCUACGCACGAUAAACGCGUUGCAGCUAAAUCCGCUAGUUAAGAAGCUGGAGCAUGAACAACAAGGGAUCGGUGCACUGUUGUACCUGGUGGUACAGCGCUUCCGUCCUUCAUCAUAUAGCAAGGCAGCGGCCGCAAAACAAGAGGAGGCCUUUCAGGUGCUCCGAGGUCUAGUUGCGGUUGUAUGGAACCCAAUAAACUCUGAGUUGUGUCAGCGUGUUAUGCUCAAGGGAAGCAGCAACUCUUAUUCACCAUCUUUGAUAUCGAUGCUUGCAACACAGUUGUUACCGCUACUACAGACUCAGAUGGAGCGCGAAGAAGCCACCAGUAAAUUGCGUGGUUACAUACUGUCAGUACGUGACAGUAUCGUAACGGAUCGAUCUACAGACGCUGAAAACCUGGAACGCUCUGUUGCGCACCGAGCGUGGUGUCUCGUACUUAACUUUGUAGGCGGCCUGUUGCGUCUACAAACAGAAGAAACUGUCAUCGCUUCUGAUGAUGAUGUAGACGUAUGGAGUUUUAUGUCAAGUGCUGAACCGCUAUUACUAUCGGCAGUGGAGCUUUCUACUUGCCAACGUCUAACGAGCGCGACAAUUGCAGAACACCAAGCAUUACUACGGCUGCUGAAUGCUCUGAGCGGGACCACGACAAGACGAAAGCGUUGGCGUCAAGCGUUCCCAAACAACACUGUGGUUCUUAUGGAGCAGAGUCGUCAAUUGCUUCGACGUGCAUGCGUGCUCCUGGGGAGCUCAUCACUGGAAAAUGACCGAUUGCGUACCGAGAGAAUGCAAAAGAAAAAGCACGGAAAACUGGUGAGUAAAUCGAUUGUGGGCUUUGGUGCAAGUCUCAGGUCGAAAUCACCGCGAUCACCUCGCUCUCCAUCGGCCUUCACAUAUGCGCAUCAGACACUGCUUCAUGAUCAUUUGCAGGCCGUGCAAGGUGUUGAGAAACGAAAGCUUACAGAUUUUUAUCGAAAGAUGGAGACUGAAUUAGUGAUAACUGUGCAAUUGGCGAGCUUACUGUUAACCAAGUGGACUGCAUCGUUAACCGACCGUGACGUUAUUCUCGUUGUUGACGGAGUACGACGUGUGGAUGAAGAGCAACUUGUGCCCUUGCUCGCCUUCAUUCCACCAAAUGACGCGCGCUCUACGUAUAGCAGCCCUGGCUUAGGUCAUUUGUGUCUUGCAAUGAAUUUUAUCCUCGAUCAACUUCUAGCAAGUGAGGAUUCACAACCAAAGGAGCUGCAAACAGCGGAAAUGAAAGCGGUGUUGGUGAAUGCAGUCAACGCGUGUGCCGUGCUGUUUUUGAAGACGUAUCUCUUGUAUCUUGAGCACUACGAGCUUGUCAAGCAUGAUCGUAAUGAGCUUGACAGCUUUUUUUGCCAAUUCAAUGCCCGACUAUCUAAUGAUGACAGUACGUCCAGUAUUGGCGUGGAUGUGCAGUUGCUCGAGUAUAUUGGCAAGAUAAUUGCUGGAGAAGAUUAA